GGAGAGCGAUGGCGGAGCCGGCGGGCGGGACGCCCCGUAUGUAAGUGGGGGGAGAGCGGGGAACAGCGAUUUCCGCUUGCCCGGGGUCCGCCGCUGGCUGCAGGCUGAGGGGAAAGUGCGGGGCUCUUUUCCCCGCACCUGCCGUGCUGUGGGUCGUCCCUACCGCUGCCCUGGAGGGAAAGGAAGGGGCGAAGGGACGGGGGUGCGUGGUAUGAUGAGUUCCCCCGGCAGGGCCAGCGAUGCGUUCCCCCUGCAUGUCCUGGUGUGGAACAAUGAGUACCGGCGGCUGGAUGAAGAGCUGCAAGAUCAGGAUGUUGAUCAACGUGAUCCCCGGGGCCGGACCUUGCUGCAUCUUGCUGUUUCCUUGGGUUACAUAGAAUCUGCCAAAGUCCUUCUUCAGCACAAGGCAGAUGUAACUAAAGAGAAUGCACAGGGAUGGACAGUUUUACAUGAGGCUAUCAGCACAGGAGAUCCAGAGAUGGUCCAUAUGAUUCUGCAGCACCGAGACUAUCAGCAGACCUCCAGGACGCUUGGAGGAGUCCCUGAGUUACUCCAGAAGAUUAAUGAGACUCCUGACUUUUAUGUGGAAAUGAAAUGGGAGUUCACUAGCUGGGUUCCACUGGUUUCUAGAGUUUGUCCGAGUGAUGUCUGUCGCAUCUGGAAAAGUGGUGCCAAAUUGAGAGUUGAUAUCACAUUGCUGGGAUUUGAAAACAUGAGCUGGGAGAGGGGAAGGCGCAGCCUGAUCUUCAAGGGAGAAGAUGCUGAAGGUUGGGCAGAGCUAAUUGAGAUUAACCAUGAUGAUAAGUUUGUUACCACGGAACGUUUUGAGAUUUCCCAACACAUGGAACGUUUGACACUGGGAUCUAUGACACCAAAAAGAAGAGAAGUGGAAAGACGCCUUACAACUCCAAUUAUCAACACGUGCCUUGAUACAAAAAGUAUUGCUUUUGAAAGAACCACAUCUGGAUUCUGGGUUUGGAGGACUGAAAAAGCAGAAGGUGUAAAUGGUUAUGAAGCAAAGGUGUACAUGGCAAACAAUGUAAAUGUAGUCACAAAGAUCAGAACAGAACACUUAACAGAAGAGGAAAAGAAAAGAUACAAAGCUGACAGGAGCCCCUUGGAAUCGUUUCUGGGUACAGUGGAGCAUGAGUACGGUGUUCAGAGUGCAGUGAAGACAACAGAGUAUGCCACAAGUAACAAUCCCACUGCUAUUACUCCAGAGGAAUACUUCGAUCCAGAAUUCGAUUUGAAAGGCAGAGAUAUAGGAAGACCCAAGGAAGUCACCAUUCGAACGCAGAAAUUUAAAGCAACCUUGUGGAUGAGUGAAGAGUUUCCCUUGUCUCUUGUGGAGCAAGUCACUCCAAUCAUUGAUCUGAUGGCCAGAACUAGUGCUCAUUUUGCCAGACUAAGGGAUUUCAUCACUCUGGAAUUUCCACCAGGAUUCCCUGUCAAAAUUGAAAUUCCCUUAUUUCAUGUGCUGAAUGCUCGAAUUACAUUUGAAAAUGUCAACAGCUGCAGGACAGCUGAGAGAACAUCACAAACAGUUGGAAGUGCGCAGGGGGAUUCAGGUGCUAAUUUUGAGGUUGACCAGUCAGUGUUUGAGAUCCCCAAAUCUUACCACGUCCAAGAUGAUGGUAGGAACAUACAUGUGCACGAUGAGGAUAAUGAGAUUAUGCAGUUUGCUAUUCAGCAGAGUCUGUUGGAAUCCAGUGGAAAUAAAGAAGUGGGGGCGCAUUCCAAUGGAGCAGUUGCAUAUUCACAGGACUUCAAUAUACAGUAUCAGAGGGCACUGCAGGAGAGCUAUCUAACGAGCACAGGUAAUUCACAGUGCAGCAGCCCUAGUGAACCUUCUAGUUUUGAAAAAGACUUGCAGCUUGCCAUGGAGCUGUCUGUCCGAGAGCAGGAGGAGCGAGAGAGGCAACGCCGUGAGGAGGAAGAUGCAGAGCUGCAGCAAGUUCUACAGCUUUCUCUUGUGGAAAAAUAGCUCUUGAAAUAAGCAUGACCAAAUCUGUGCAAAGCUGGAGGCUUUCAGAGCUCUCAGGCUGAAGACCAAUCCUGGAUUGCUUAAGUAAACAUUUCACCUGCCUUCUUCAUUGUCAUCGUGAUAUCAGCUACAGCAGCUGAUGGUUUUUAAAUUGGUUUUUAAUUUUUGAGGGAGAUUCAAUAACUGGGCAUUCUGUGUUUGGCUGCCCAGAUGUGCAGCCUUAGCUGUGAUGUAUUCUUUUACCUAAACAUGUCUAUCAAAGAGCAGGUGGAAGGCUUGCUUAGCACCAGGGUUUAGGGUUGCGUUGAAGUUUUAAAAACCUGAUUUAUGAGGAGUUCAGAAGGGAAACUUCUUCAUUACUUACCAAAGAAAUACUCAUUUGUGUAGUCACUUCAGAAUAAUUCAAAGCCAUUGUCUCUGUUUCUUCCAGUUCUUACAUGGAAGGUAUCUAUAUGCAUUUACAUACAUACAGUAGUUUUCAUGCUGACAGAUGCUCUCUGUUAGUUCUGUUUAUACAUGAUUAUUUCUUCUCCAGUCACUGAGACUUUUAUCAUAUGCUCCUGCUUACAAGGGAUAAUUUUAUACUUGAACAGCUAAUCCAAGCAUGAGAUUAAACUAGCGCUUCCUGAAAUCAGACAAACCAAGCAGCCUGUACAAUUUUAGCUCCUCAAGUGGGACCAUCCUCCUGAAGUAGCACUUUCUGCAGUGAUUCAACACCAGCUCGUUCCCAUAGUCAGAGGGCAGCAAGGAGAUGAGCGAUAGAUACAGGUGCUCCUUGAGAUCACUGUGUGUGUGUGCAUGUUCUGCGUGUGGGUGCUGCUGAAUUCAAGCAGGAGAAGAGUCAGGUGAGAUUUUUAAUGUGUACUUAUUGGAAGAUCAGUUUUAAUUCUGUCAUCUGAAAGGGAAAACGUGUGUUGCUUUUUAAAACUCAAACGCUUAUCCUUCAUGUGAAUACAUAUAUUUUUUUAUCUGAAUCUUUUUAUUGAUUUUAAACCAAGCCAAGAUGACUGCCCUCCUUGCAAUGGUAUCGUAACAAUUCAGAAAUAGGUUUUAACAGCUUUCCUCAGGUCUUUCCUCCUACAAUAGAGUUGUAGCUAUUCUACUUGCACUUCUGUCAGUGUUUACAGUACUCACACUGUGACUCUCAAGUGCACUCCACACGUACACAACGAUGUACGCCCACGGGAAGGCCUUACAGCAGUCAAACGUCAGCAAUAUUGCCCAGUCCCUGCUCACAGUGCUGUGAGAACCCAUGGUACGUACGCUGUGAUCAUGCUGCCUAACCCUGCACUUCUCCUCGAGCAAACCAGGGCAGCUGUGUGCAACCGUUAACUCCUUUUAAAAUCAUUAUGACACAACCAGAGAGAUGGUUGGUAGCUUAGAACUCCAUUUUAAACCAGUAAUCCGUAUCUUUUAUUAUUUUUUUUUUCUGUAGCAGGCAAUUAAAAUUCAGUGUCUAUCUGCAUCAUGCUUAACAUUGCAGCUUGCAACCCUCCAUAGCUUCCUGGUGGCUGCAGGAAUGGGGAAUGCAACUCUUUGCAUGGGGGCAGAGGGCUGUGUUGGAACUGCAUUGUUCUUUGGAAAGAGGCUUACUGUGACUUUCUGGGUUGCAGGAAAGGGAAUAAGCCUGGCAUUGAGCUCUUGACAACAUUAUGGGGUAAAAGAUGAAAUUGUGUUGGUUUUGUUUGUUGUUCUUGUUGUUUUUUUUCCUCCAGUGGAAAUAAAGAGUGCUGUUACCUUUGUAA